GCAGUGCUGCAGGUCUCUCAGGUAACAGGUGGCAACUUCCCCUGUUGGAUUGUAGGUGUAUUAAAAAAAAAAUUACCUCAUAGGGGUGGAGCUCUGGGACUCCAGGUAGCAGUCCGCAGUCAGGUAACCCUGCCGUGAAGCUGGGUAGGUAGUUAGAAGACGGGAGUUAAAUGCCAAGGUUCACCCUGAGGCCUUUGAGCAACCAGACGUUGCCUGCAAAGCUCAGAUGGAGGCCAAGGAAACCUUUGGGAAGGAGAACAUGGCAAGCAAGAGAAAGAACCUGCCCUUCUUGAGACCCAGGCUAUAUAUGCUGGAGAGGAGGAAGACGGAUACCGUGGUGGACAGCUGUGUGUCUGGGGACCACUCUGGCACCUUGAGGAGGAGUCAGUCUGACAGAACCGAAUACAACCAGAAACUACAAGAAAGGAUGACUCCACAGGCCGAGUGCUCCUCCGCUGAGACCUCAACCCACGAGGAAGAGCAACAGGUGGGAAGGAUGAUGGCAAAGCGGGCGAAGAUCAUCCGGGAGCUGAUACAGACAGAGAAGGAUUACGUCACGGAUCUGGAGCUAUGCGUGCAAGAAGUGGUGCAGCCGCUGAGAAGCAAGCAGAAUGACAGGCUGGACGUGGACGCUUUGUUUAGCAACAUUGAAUCCGUGCAUCAGAUAUCAGCCAAGCUACUGUCCUUGUUGGAAGAGGCCACAACAGACGUGGAACCGGCCAGGCAAGUAAUCGGAGAGGUAUUCUUGCAGAUUAAAGGACCACUGGAGGAUGUUUACAAAAUCUAUUGCUAUCACCAUGAUGAAGCGUACAGUGUUCUGGAGUCCUAUGAAAAGGAAGAAGAGCUGAAGCGACAUUUGAGCCACUGUAUCCAGUCCUUAAAGAAUAUAUAUAUGCAAGAAGGCAAGCCAAACCUGCUGGACAUGGGCUCUUUGAUGAUCAAACCCAUUCAGCGUGUGAUGAAAUACCCACUGCUGCUGUGUGAACUUCGGAACUCAACCCCUCCCUCCCACCCAGACUACCGAGCGCUGGAGGAGGCCUUCACUGCUGUGAAGGACAUCAAUGUUAAUAUCAAUGAGCUAAAAAGAAGGAAAGACCUAGUUCUAAAAUAUAAGAAGAAUGACGAGGAUGAAUCACUUAAAGACAAACUAUCUAAACUAAAUAUUCAUUCAAUCAGCAAGAAGUCCAAAAGAGUCACAAAUCAUCUAAAGAUCCUGACCAGAGGAGAGUCACAGGUGAAAGACAAUGCUUUUAACAGAGAAGAAAAGCUUUUUAGAUCACUAGAAAAGACUGUGAGACUUUGCGUGAAGAGCAUUCCAUCCUGCCUUCAGCAAAUAGAGGAAGCCAUCCCCUCCACUCUGCAGAGUGUGGCUGAGCUCCGUGAGAUUUCAUACAAGGAGGGAGAGAAGAACUGCGGUGAACCCCAGAGUCACACCUCAAAUCCCUGUCAGGAUUUUGUAGCUCGCUCCCAAAGACUCAUCCUGGGCCCCCUGUCAGCCUUGCUGUCCUUAUUCCCAGGGCCUCAGAAGCUCAUCCAAAAACGCUAUGACAAACUACUGGACUAUAAUAGUUCCCUGCCACGGUCAGCGACUGACGAAUCAGACUUGGCCAAAAGGGAGUAUGAGGCUCUCAAUGCCCAGCUUGUGGAAGAGCUCCAGGCAUUCAACCAGGCUGCGAGGAAGAUCCUGUUAAACUGCUUGCGUAGUUUCAUCACCCUCCUCCGGGACCUGAUGCUGGUGGCUCUGCAGGCUUAUUCCACAGUCAAGCUGGUACCAUUGCCAAUCUUGAGCAUCUCUGAGAUUCAGCAUCGAGUUCUGGAAGAGGUCCAGAACUUGAACUUUGUAAAGGACAACAGUGCCACUUUUAUUGAGCGGAAGCUCAGCUUUGAAAAGAAGAAGCCUGCGCAGGUUCUGCCGGAAGUGCCGCAUCAAACUGACAUUCACCGCUCCAAACUUGUGUCGACGUAUGGAGCAGAGGAACUCUACCGAGCUAAGCGAAAGUGUAACGCUACCCAGGAGCAUGACAUCAACCUUCUAGAAGGAGAGUUGGUAGCCGUCCUGGAACAGAAGGAUCCCCUGGGGAGUACGAGCAGGUGGUUUGUUGACACAGGAUUUGUAAAAGGCUACGUGUACUCCUCCUUCCUGAAGCCCUACAACCCAGCGAAGGGGCAGAAGACGCACACCGAGAACAGAUUCUGUGAUGACGAUUUCGAGAACAUCAGCCUCUUUGUGUCUUGCCGGCCAGCUGGUGACAGUGGCACCGGCACCCCUGAAGGUAGCAUAAGCGACAGCAGCUCAUCUCUGAGUGGCACUUGUGGGAAGUUUGAAACAAAUGGUGCUGACGUUGAUAAUUUUCAAGAGGUAGAUGAACAGAUUUUCUACGCAGUUCACGCUUUCCAAGCACGGAGUGACCAUGAACUCAGCCUUCAAGAGUACCAGAGAGUCCACAUACUGAGAUUCUGUGAUCUAAGUGGCAAUGAAGAGUGGUGGUUAGCUGAAGCGCAGGGUCAGAAAGGGUACGUGCCAGCUAACUACCUUGGGAAGAUGACAUAUGCUUAAGAAAAUAAGCACAGGGCACUCAUUUCCUGGCAAGUUGCUUAUUGACUACCUCAUAAAACUGACACUGGGACUUCAAACCAGAAAGGAAGAACUCCACAUCCUGUAUGAACUGACAAUGCAUCACAUUUUAAGGACAAUCUUGCUUCCUAACAGGAAAUUUUUAUUGAUGUAUAAAGAAUAAUUGUUGACAAAAAUUACCACCACUAGGAAAGCAGAGUAAACAGCUUAGGCUCUGGCUACAUAUUUAAAGGUAGAGAUCUUUUGAAAAGAUGCACUUUUGUUUGUCAUCACCCAAGAGUGGAUUGAAGAAUAAGGCUUUUCUCUUUAUUAUAGUGUUUUUACUGUACUCUGCCUUAAACAUAUUUUUCAAAUUUCUUUUUAGCACUUACACCUGUUUAUGUACUCACGUAAUAUA